GAAAUUUUGUUUUCAGUUCAUUUUUUUUCAAAAUUUGUUUCGUGAAUUUUUUUUUCUGUUUGUUUUCGGCUUUUUUGUUUUGUUUUUGGCUGUCUAAAGUGAUCAAAUCAAUCAAUCAGCAAAAAUGGUGACAACAAUUGUUGAAGAUGUAAAUAAAUCAUUUCAGCCAUCAACAUUACAUCAUCAUCCUCAUUCGCUUUCGCAUCUGCAGCAUUCGCAAAAUCAACAAACAUCGCAAUCAAUUUCAAUUCAACAGCAACAACAACCGCAACAAUUUGGCAAUAAUAAUUCGAAUGUUAUUGGUAACGGUAUGGCCAAUAUCAGUGCAAAUAAUAAUGGCCAGAAUCAAAAUCAACAAACACCACCACCGCAAUCGCAACCAUCAACCGCAUCACCUUCAUCAUCAUCAUCAUUUCAAAUGAUGCAGUUGACAGCUGAAGAAUGGCAAGAAUUAAACAAUGUUGAUAGCCAAUUGUUUGGUGUUUUUAAACCCGAAGAUUUAAAUUGUCAAAAAUUAAAAUCAUUAUUAUUAAAAGCAAUCAAAUGUUAUGAUUUAGCAUUAUUAAAUCGUAACCUGAUUGGUUCGAAAACAAAUAAUAAUAAUGAUCAACGUUGUUGUUUUAUAAAAUCAAAUCAAAUUGAUCCAAAUGUUUUCUGUCGUCUUGGACAUUAUAAUUUUCUGCUUGGUAAUCGUGUAAAAGCUUUAUCAGCAUAUCAACGAUAUUUAAUGACCGAUAAAAAUUAUUGGAAAAAUUCCGCUGCAAUAUUCGGUCUAGGUCUUACCUAUUUUCAUUAUAAUGCAUUCAAUUGGACAAUCAAAGCAUUUAAACAAUUAAUCUAUACUGAUCGACAAUUUUCACGUACGAAUGAAGCACAUAUACGAUUGGCAAUUAUUUAUAAAUUUUUUCAACAUUAUAAUCUUGCUCAUAAGCAUUUUCGUAUUGCUUUAAAUGAUUCGAAUAUUUGUACGUUGGGAAAGAAUGAAAUAAAAUUUCAUAUAGCACAUGUUUAUGAAUUGGAAGGAAAAAUUAAAACUGCCCGUGAACAAUAUUUAUCGUUAUUGAAACAAAAAGACAACAUUAUAUCAUCAUCAUUACGUGCUGAUUGUUUAAGACAAUUAGGAUGGAUUUGUUAUUCAAAUGAUACAUUACCGCCAUUAGUUGAUAAUAGUUUGCAACAACAACCGAAACAAUCACAGCAACAACAACGUUAUUAUCAAGCAAUAAAAUAUCUAAAUGAAUCAAUUGAAUUAGAUAAUGAUCCAUAUAUUGCUUAUUAUUAUCUUGGUAGAUGUUAUGCUUGUUUAAAUCAGGUACAUGAUGCAUUCAUUUCAUAUAGACAUUCAGUAGAAAAAACUGAAGCAAAUUCAAAUACAUGGUGUUCGAUUGGAAUACUUUAUCAAAAACAAAAUCAACCAUUUGAUGCAUUACAAGCAUAUAUUUGUUCCGUUCAAUUAAAUAAAAAUAAUAUAACAGCAUGGAUUAAUCUUGGUUUAUUAUAUGAAACAUAUCAACAAUAUUAUGAUGCAUUUAAAUGUUAUUUACAUGCAACAAGAUCAACAAAAGAAUCAAAAAUAUCAUUAUCGACAACAACAACAAAAUCAACCGCUAAAACAACAACAAAAUUAUUACCAAUCGGUGUUAUUGAACGUAUUAAAUAUUUAAAAUCAUUAUCAUUACAUAAUAAUAAUAUUAUGUCUAUUAGUGCCCAGAAAUUACCUUCAUUAGAAUUGGCCUGGAAUAAUUCUGUUGAUAAUGAUAUGGCAUCAAAAAGGCAUCAAUCGUUUGUUACUAAUGCAACAUCUACUAUUGCUUCAUCACAAUCAACAACAAUAGAUCCAAAUGAUCCAUUAAUUAACACUGCCAAACGACCUAAAUUAGAAAAUCAUAAUCAUCAUCCACAUCCACAUCACCCAAGUGUUGUUCCAUAUAAUCAUACACAACAACAACAACAAGUUUCCUAUGAUAAUUUAAAAAAUUCUUUCCAAUCAACAACAACAACAUCAUCAAUUGCUCAAUCUAAACAACAAUCGCCUACAUUUUUUCAGAAUAAAUCUAAACGUUCAUAUUCAAUUGAUAGUGAUGUUAUGUCAAAUCAAACAAUAUCAUCUGAUGAUUCAGGUAUUGAUUCAAAAGAUAUUUAUUGUCAUCAAACUAGUCAACAACAACCAAAUAGAGAAGAUGCUAUCAUUUCAAUUUUAUCAUCAACAACAACAUCGGAUUCUAGUCAAGAUCCGUCCAUUAGACAGCCAAAAUUAUCGAUUGAAAUGAAUGCACAACAGAUAAUUGAUGAAUGUAAAAAAUAUCCAACAAAAACAACUAGAAUUAUAAACAGUAUUACAUCGGAUAAUGGUUAUCCACCUUAUCCGCCUGAUCCACCUUAUCCACCCUUACCAAGAGAAAAAUUAAAUCCACCAACACCUAGUAUCUAUGUUGAAAGUAAAAAAGAAGCAUUUUCACCUGAACUUCAACAAUUUUGUCUUUCGAAUCAUAUUGCUGUUAUACGUGGUCUAUCAUCAGUACUUAAACUAGAUUUAGGUCUUUUUUCAACCAAAACAUUGGUUGAAUCAAAUUCUGAUCAUUAUAUUGAAGUACGACGACAAUAUAUGCAACCAUCGGAUGAAAAUUGGGAUCCAGAACAUCGUGAUAUGGUUUGGUAUUGUGAAAGUCAACGAUCACAUACAACUAUUGCCCGAUAUGGUCAUUAUCAGGCACUUUCAUUUAGUGAAUCGUUGAAAGAAGAUAAAGAAAAAAAUUCAUCAACAACAAAUUCAAUAUUUCGUGAUUCUGAUUCGGAUUCGAAUUCAACAUUUUGCAAAAAUACGAAAAAACAUAAAAAAUAUAGUAUGUUUAAACCGGUUAAAUUUGGUACGAAUGUUGAUCUUUCGGAUCCAAAAAAAUGGAAAAUUCAAUUACAAGAAUUAGCUAAACUACCUCCAUUUGCUCGUGUAUCAUCGGCAGCAAAUAUGUUGACACAUGUUGGUCAUACAAUUCUUGGUAUGAAUUCCGUUCAACUUUAUAUGAAAGUACCUGGUUGUCGUACACCUGGUCAUCAAGAGAAUAAUAAUUUCUGUUCGGUAAAUAUUAAUAUUGGACCUGGUGAUUGUGAAUGGUUUGGUGUUGCACCAGAAUAUUGGGGUGUUAUUCAUCAUAUUUGUGAAAGAAAUAAUAUUAAUUAUUUACAUGGAUCAUGGUGGCCAUUAUUAGAUGAUCUUUACGCAGAAAAUGUACCAGUAUAUAGGUUUGUACAAAAACCUGGUGAUAUUGUUUGGGUUGGUGCUGGAACCGUUCAUUGGGUACAAGCAAUCGGUUGGUGUAAUAAUAUUGCAUGGAAUGUUGGUCCAUUCACUUCGUUACAAUAUGAUUUAGCCAUAAAACGUUAUGAAUGGAAUAAACAUGAAAAUUAUAAAUCAAUUGUACCGAUGAUUAAUUUAUCAUGGAAUAUUGCACGUAAUGUUAAAAUAUCGGAUAAAUCUGUGUUUACAAUGAUAAAGUUAACUUUGAUGCGAUCAUUAAAAUAUUCAAUAAUGUUGGCCAAUUUUAUUGAUGAUAUUGGCCAUGAAAUUCUACUAAGACAACGUGAUUUACAAGAACCAGUACAUUAUUGUGUUGUUUGUGACAUUGAAGUAUUUAAUAUUUUAUUUGUAAAAGAAAUUGAACGUAAACAUGUUGUCCAUUGUUUUUAUUGUGCACAAAAAAUGCAAAAUAAUUUAAAUGAUUUUGUUAUACUUGAAGAAUAUAAAUUGAAUGAUUUGACCAAAGUUUAUGAUAAUUUUCAAUUGAUUACAACACCAGCUGCUGCUGUUUCUACGAAUUUAAAUAAUUCUACAGCAACAAUGACGACCACCACAGCAAAUAAUACAUCAUCGCCAACAACAACAACAACGUCCAUUAAUACGAAUCAAACAUCCUCUUGAUAAUGUUUUACCAAACCUUUUUCCUCUUAUAUAAAAUGUUUUUCAUUGCUCAUAAUUUCAGU